CGCGUCCAUUCGGCCUCGCGUCCGUUAUGCCUUGUGGCAGUAUGCCUCGUAUCCAUUAUGCCUCACAUCCAUUAUGCCUCGCGUCUGUAUGCCUAGCAUACUAUGCCUAACAUCCAUAUGCCUAGCGUCCAUAUGCCUCGUGCCCCGUCCCCAGAGAAAAGAUCAAUCCCAAACCACAUUACUUCGAAAGAAAACGUCAAAGAAGUCACAAACAGUGUUUCUAAUUCAAAUGCCGAACUCAAGUCAUCGACCGCAGGAACAGAUCAAAUGAUUCGAAGCAAAACACCAUUGAAAUCAUUAGAAGAAAGUUUGAAUAAAAUUGACCUAAUCGAUCCUGCUGCUCUAACAGAGCAAAUGAAAAAUGUGAUACUUGGUGUGAACCUUAAAUGGUUGAGCAUGCCCACGGUUUCUAGGAAAACUGUUUUUGAAUUUCAAAAUGAUUUUAAUCAAAAUAUAUUACGUCAGUUAAGGGAGAUUAUUAUUACAAUGUCGUCGAUUGCCUUCGAAGGAAAACAGAUAUUUGAACAAAUCUUUAAUAUGUUUGAUGACCUUAACUCUGAACACAAAUGUAUUGGAAUGCUCAAACGAUAUGACUUGUUAAUGGAACCCAGAGAAUUUUUAAUUAGUAACGAACUACGUGCAGGCGUGUCGCAAAACAAACAAGAAAUCAGCAAUGAUCCCGUAACUGGUUUAUUGAUGCCUAUCAAGUUUCACAUGAAAAAAUAUCUCGAAGCUGAUAAUGUUUUGGAAACAAUUUUGAAAUACCUCGAGCCUUCUAGUGAUGGUUAUAUCCGCAGUCUCGUAGAUGGUACAAUUUGGCAGGAGAGAGUUAACAAUCUCAAAUCCAACCUGGGCGCAAAAAUAGUGCUACCAUUGAAAUUAUUUUUCGAUGAUUUCACAACAGGAGACACCGCUUCACCUCACGCCACUCGAACCUCUAUCUUUGGGAUAUAUUAUUAUAUUCCUAGCCUGCCAGGUUAUUUACUAGCGAAACUUGCCAACAUGCAUGUAGCCGGAUUCAUUUUAAUAGAAGAUAAAAAACGAUAUGCAAAUGACGAUUUAUUUUUUAGUCUCAUUGACAUGCUAAUUGAACUAGAGACAGACGGUAUUGAAAUCAACUACAGGAACAGCACAAUGAAAAUUAAUUUUAUGUUGGCUUUUAUAACUGGUGAUAACCUUGGACUUUCUGGAGUACUUGAUUUAGUUGAAUCCGUUCGGGCCAACUUCUAUUGUAGAAUGUGCAAGCGGAAUCGUCAGCAAAGAGAAACUGAUUGUAUUGAACACUAGAACAGUUUCCGGACAAUUGAAAGUUAUGCAGAAGAUAUAAAAGUUAAUGACACAUCGGUGACCGGGAUAAAGCGAGAAAGUAUUUUCAACCGUAUUCCAUCAUAUCACAUAAUUAAUAAUGUUUAUUUCGAUUUGAUGCACGAUGUAUGGGAAGGCAUUUGCGUAUAUGCAUUAGGACACUGCUUAAAUUAUUUCAUUAAGAUAAAAAAGUAGGAGGGUGGUAUUCAAGACACGACCGCAUGACGUUGGACUACGGUAUACUUAUAUUCCAUUAAAACAAUUAAUAGAAACAAUUGCAACUCUAGUAUUUGCUGCAAUUUCAUCUAACAGUGUAUUUCUGAAUGUUGAGACGUUAAAAUGUAAU